AUGUCCGGCGAAGAAUCUUCCCAGCCGUCGCACGUCCCGGCGUGGAAAAAGUUAGGCUUGAAGCUUAAGUACGCCAAGGACUCCGAAGAAGAGGAGAAGGAAAAUACAGAUAAGGGUGAAAAGAAGGAAAAGAAGGAGAAGAAGGAGAAGAAGGACAAAAAGGAAAAGAAGAAAGAUUCAAAGAAGAAGAGGAGUAAUGCUGAAGCCGAAGCCGAACCCGAGCCAGAGGAUAAGAAGUCGCGCAAGAACAAAAAACGACGACUUGAUGAUGAUAACGAUGAGCGGGAUGAAAAAGAACAACCUGCAGUUGAGGAAAAAGACGACGAGUCCCGCAAGAAAAAGAAGAAGAAGGUGUCUUUCUCGACUGAGGUAGAGGAGAAGGAGGUGCCGAGUCGUGAUGCCCAAAGCGAUGUCGAUAUGGAUGCCGAUGCCGACGCCGACGCCGAGGAUGGAGGGAAGAAGCAGAAGAAGAAGAAGGAGAAAAAGAAGAAGAGGGAUCAGUCGGCCGCUGGAGAUUCAGCGAGUGAUGCGUCCCCGAAGAUUCAUGAGACACCUAUUCUCUCCUACCUGAGUCUUUACUACAAACAUCGGUCGGCGUGGAAGUUUCAGAAGAACCGCGAAACACAUCUCUUUAAACAUGUUCUUUCGUUGGAGCAGGUGCCGACUCAAUAUAAUGCUGCUCUUCUUGUGUAUCUUCAGGGCUUGAAGAGUGAAGGUGCUAAGCAGCGGUUACGUGAGAUUGCUGAGGAGGCCGUGAAGGCAGAGAUUGAGGAGGCUUCAUCCGAUGACAAGGAUGAAAGCGCCGUGGAUGAGUCUGAGGAACAUGUCCCGUCUGAGAAGGAGAACUAUAAUAGUGCAGUUGGCGCUUUCAGGGAAUACUUGUCCCAGGGCAAACAAGAUGAGCUGAAUACGACUGGAUCUACGGAUAAGCUGGAAGGCGAUGCGUUGAAGAAGCUUGAGAUGAGACAGCGAGCGGAGCUCGUCUUGUAUGCAGUCAAUGGCACGCUGUUCAUCUUCGAGAAGCCAAAGCCUCUGGCACAGAAAGGAAAGGGCGCGAAGAACCAGAACCAAGCAAAUAAGAAGAAAAAGAAGAAGAACCGGACUGCUGUUGUGGAAAUAUCAAGCAGCAGUGAGAGUGAAAGCUCUAGUGACAGUGACAGCGACAGCGACGACGAUGCUGCUGCCAGCAAAAAGAAG